AGCCCCUCCCCCUGUUAAAUGAUUUAGAGAAGCAACGAAAAAAAAACACAGGUAGUGCAGGACAAAACAAAACGUUUGACUUAUCCGUCACCGAUUCCUUCGGGCAAUGGCCGUUGAAUGCUUGCAGAAGAGGUGCUGUUUGGCUAAAGGAAGAGGUUUUAUGGGUCGCUUUAAACCAGGAUUUGCGCUGGCCGCAUUGGCAUGUUUUUUUUGGUGCAUUAUUGCUUUUAUUUAUAACUUCUCUCUCGUGCCAGUCUCUCACCCUCGAACCUGGUUUAACCAAACUAAAUUGUAUAAUUUGAUGUCUGGCAAAAAAAGACAUUUAACUAAUAAACAAACUAUUGAAACAUCUUCCACCGAGAAAAAACCCUCUGCAUCCAUUAUAACAGAAGCCAUUUCAACUCACCGGUAUGUAGCACAUCCAAGCAACUAUCAUUUCACUCUGGACGAACCUGAUAAAUGUAAGCAGGAUCCGUUCCUGGUCUUGAUGGUCCCCGUGGCACCUCAUGACGUAGCUGCUCGUGACGCCAUCCGGAGCACAUGGGGGAACGAGAGCUCAGUGCAGGGAAAAGCAGUGCUGACUCUGUUCUUGGUGGGUUUGUCUGGAGGAGCUGAAGCUCAACAGCAGCUGGAGGAAGAGAGUCGACAACACAGAGAUCUACUGCAGAGCGACUUUGUGGACUCCUACUUCAACCUGACCAUAAAGACCAUGGUGAUCAUGGACUGGUUGGCGACUCGCUGCCCUCAAGCAACUUACGCUAUGAAGGUUGAUUCAGACAUGUACAUAAACCCGGAGAACCUGAUGAGCCUUUUAUUGUCACCCAACACACCCAGAGAGAACUACAUCACAGGAUAUUUGAUGCUGGACCAGCCUGUCGUCAGAGACAAAAGCUCGAAAUGGUACGUUCCAGAGGAGCUGUACCCGGAAUCGAGAUACCCCACGUAUGUGCUUGGAAUGGGAUAUGUUUUCUCCAAUGAUAUUCCUUUUAAAAUAGUGAGGGCUUCAAAAUCCAUUAAGCCCUUUAACAUAGAAGACGCGUAUGUGGGCGCUUGUCUGAAAUGGAUGGGUUUAAAUCCCUCUGAUGCUCCGGAUCCUUCUCAGUUUCAGACCUACGUGAAGGACUCUAAAAGUACGGACCUUUCCAAGAUCAUUACAGCAAUCGCGGGGUCAUCGGAGAAGGUAAUCGAGUUCUGGCAAAAUGUGAAUAGACGCAAAUGAACAGAAAAAUGAAUUGAAUUUCAAAUGAAUUUAUAGUAUAGACAAUAGUACGACUUUGUCCAUAUGACAAAAAAUGAACAUUAUAUAAUACGUUAUUAUUGGUCAAUGACAUUUGAAAGUGUCCACAAAGAACCAAUUGCCUAUAAAUGUGACAAAAUGAACACAUUUAUUGUAUAUAUUUAAAUAUAUUUAUAUUUUAGUGAAUAUAAUAAAAAUAAACAGUAUAAGGUAAGGUAAAUUAUCGUUUGCACAUUUUUUUUUUCUGCAUCAACUGCAUGAAAAUACUUUUUUUUUAAAUUAUUAUUGUAUCAGUAUGUGUUGGUAGCCUCAUAAAGUAAAUAAAAUUCAAAUUUUCUGCUUAAAUGUUAUCAUUUAUUAUUAAAUGUAUGACUUUCUAAAAAGCGUCUCUUCUGUGCAAGACGCGAGUGCAACGCUGAUAGACGAUAAAUAUGCGUAAGCAGGUCUGCGUAGUAAAUUAUUAGUUAUGAAAAUAUGCGAUAUGAAAUAUUUUAGCGCGGUGGGGCAGCUCCAUAUAUACGGUUAUGAGCUAAAAUGGAUCAGCCAUUUGAACAAAUCAAUGGAUGAAUAAAUAUAUAAAUUUAAUAAUAAAUAAAUUUAGCGCCAGCUGCUGGCAGUUUCAAGAACUUAUAUAGAGUAUUAUUUAAUCUAAAAAAUAAAGAAAUAAAGAGAGAGAGAGCACUGUAUGUAAUUAUUCUUUCUAAAGCUUAAUACCUUCUCAUUUAACUGGGUAAUGAACACAUCAUUUAAUCGUGUAAUUAAUGACAUUAAAAACCGCUAUCAACUGACAUAUAUAGUAAAUACAUAUUAAUAUCUAGAACUACGUGAGCCUCAGAUUUGCACAGCACACAUAAUACAGCCGUUCCUUUUCUCUCAACAUGGCAACACAAGAACUGUCAGUCAAAACUUAGUAUAACUAGCAUUACUUAUUUGAACAAGUGAUUCAGACGUUCGCUUCUAAAUUACAAAUCAAUGCCUUCACUAAUUAAUUUAAAAAAAGUUACAUAAUUUGUGCUACUUGUACUAUUGGUACUAUUAUGUAUGGUUAGGCUGUUAUAAAAGUGUAUGUAUUAUAGAGUUGUUUGUGGUGGGGAUAAACAUGCAAAAUGCGUAUUUAUCGCCCAUUUCUACUUUGAUACAAACAUAUUAUUUUAUAGAAAUUUUACAAUUACAUAUGCCACACAGAUAUUGCACUGUCGUAGAUAAAUGCAUAAUCGCAUGAAAUCAGAUUAAAUAAAACUUUUUAGAUAAAAACAAUGAGCAUGAAGCUGUGUCGUCAGUCAGUCGUUUGCCGUCAUGCUUUCGGCCAGUCGUUAGAAAGCAACUUUCCUCGACCGCUCAAUCUGACGCAGCCGCCUCGCCGUAGCAACCCAUGUCUGCAGGAUGCCUGUUAAACAUCUCUUGAUCUGCUGUCUCCAAACGUCUGGCAUACAUUCUAAAUCAUAAACGUCUUAAAGACAACUAAUAGACGUCAACUCGACGUCUAAAAACGAAGAUGUAUUUAACUGUUUACACUGUAUUGAAAUAAAGCUGCGUUGUUGACUUGUUUUUUAUUGUCAUGGUUAUAUGUCACGAUAUUUAAAAAAACUGCAAACAUGGAGGAAAACGUACAAGGUGGGGUUGUGGAUUAAUUGAUUGUAUGAGGUGUUUGUGCACGUCAUUAUUAUUUUAUUUUUAUAAUUACUGCAGAACUUAUAAAUACAUAGAAGCUUAGGGAAAGGAAUGGUGGUGUCUUUAAUAAUGAAAAAAACAACAAACUGAAAUGAGGAGGGUUUUCAUUUUUAAAUGUAAAUCUCCUCGUUAAAAAAAUGAACAAACAUUAUGUUAUACUACCAGAAAAAUCAAUAUUAUAUUUUUACAUUUACAAUGUAAUCAAUAUUAUACGUAUUAAAGGCCAAAUAAGAAUCUCAUCAGGUUUUCCAAGCUUUUUAAAUUUUUUUCCAAAAUCAUAACUCAGUGACAAUAUAUGUUCAGCUUUACUUUUUAACAUUUUUUAUUAUCAUUAUUAUUUAAUAUUUUUACCAAUCAUCAAAGCUUGGAGAUUUACUUUAAAGCGGAUUACUCACUAAAAACUUGAAUCGUGUUUUCAGACCAGUGUGUGAGUCAUUUACCUUUUUUAGUUAAUCUUUCCAUCGAUGCCAUUAUGUUGUAAAUUCAGAUUGACGAACACAAGAGAUGGGAUUUAGCACCAAUCGCAGC